AUGUGUCGCACACUUCUGACAGUGGUCCACCACGCCUGUCAGCCCAGCCACCUCACCCGCCAAACCCGCACGGAGCAAUGCUAUACCGCGCACCUCUUCGGCAUGCGCGUCUGCGCCCCCGGUCCACCACGCCAUAGCUUCUAUGAGCAACAUCUGCCUGGCGCCGCGUGCCAAUCCUGCGUCUACCAUCAUCGCGCCUACAACACUGACGCCGAAGACGAAGUGAACGACGACAUGGACAUCGACAUAGACCCUGCGGCCCUCCACAACCAACGGCUUCUCCUCCGACAGAAUGCGCUUUACCACCCGGCGUCAUACGUGGCACGCCCGCUGUCGCUCCUCCCCGCCACUUCAAACCCGCCGUACCUGGGCACAGGACAGCACACACACGAGCAGGUCCCAUAUGCAGGACCGUCCGUACCGAUGGGUGUCCGCAGCCCUCAUGUCAAUCGCCCACCCGUUGACCCGUUCGCGCCGCCGCAUGACCUUCCCCAGGGCGAUGAGUACCCGAGCGGCAAUUACCCUAGAGAUGUUUUUCCCAGCGCCAGUUACACCAGCGAUCAUCCCAGCGGUUACCCCAACGGCGAUGGGUACACUGAAGCAGCCAACAGCCCGCAUGAACCAGCACAAAUCCAGACGCAGCAGCAACAGCCAAGCGCACACCCAACCCGGGGCCCUCUCGUACCCAUAAUGGAAGACGAACGGGAAUACCACAGCGACACCAGCUACGGAGCAGGGAGCGAGGACUUCGUGCACAUCGAGCGUCCAUCCCAGUUUGACCGCAACCCCUCGCCACCGUGGCAGUCACCGCCCCCCAUCCCUCGCCGGCGCCGUCCGUACCUGUCGCACCUCCCGCAGCCCGGUCGUUCGCCCUCGACGUCGCCUCCCAUGUCAUCCGGCUACUACUCGUCCCUAAUGGGCAACCUGCGCGGCGGCGACGGCGGCGGCGACGGCGGCGGCGACUCCGGCUCCAGCUCCGACUCCUCCAGCACACUCGCACCCCCCAGCGACGAGGCGGAGGCUGGCGACAACGACGACGAAGAAAGGCAGCUACUCGAAGCGCUCGAACGGAGCGCGCGCGAGUUCGCGGAGCAAGCGGACGCCGAGCAGCAGCAGGCGGCGCAGCGCAGUCUACGCGAGCACGCCGACCGCGAGGAAGACGCCCUGCGCCGCGUCGCGGCCGAGAGCCUGCGCGACUACGCGGACGCGGAGCACGCGGCGCUGGUGCGGGCCAUGCACGACUCGGCGGCCGAGGCGGAGGAGCGGAGGAAGAGGGUGGAGAAGGAUGAGGAGCGCGAGGUGCUGAGGAGGAGCGUGCGGACGUGGCGGGAGGAGGUGGCGAUGAGGAUGGGGCAGGGAGGCAGCGAGCGUGGUGGUUCCGGCCGUGAGGGUGAGGAGAUGUUUAGGGGGUUUGCGGAUCUGGAUGACCUCUGGACGAAGAGGGCUGGUGUUGAUCACAGCAAUGCGGAAAAGGGCGAGAGUUCGACAGCCCAGAGAAGGGAAGAUCAGGUCCCUCAUCCUCCGACUCCCUCGUCGCCAAAGCCUGUUCAACGCGUCUGUCCUCCUCCACCGCCGACCGUCGAGGAUGAGCCGGAGCGUCCAGCGUGGUCAUUCGAAGGAGUUGCCAAUCAGCCGCAAGUGCAAGCCGACGAACCCGCCAUCAGGGGCCCAGCUGAUGAAAUAACCAGGGCAAUGGAGGCGGUUGACCUUUCCACCGAUCCGGCAGAGUACAUCAGAACGCAGAGGCUCGCGAGGUUCACUAGGAACAACGAUGAGCAAUAA